AGAAGAAGCGGCAGAGACAAGGGGGAAGAUUCUCUUUUCAAGUGAUUACUUGCAAGAAAUAGUUCCUCAUCAUGGCUGAACUAUCGCCUGAAGAAAUUCAGCUGAGGGCCAACCAGGUCACUGAUGAGUCUUUGGAAAGCACAAGGAGGAUUCUUGGCUUGGCCAUUGAGUCCCAGGAUGUUGGCAUCAAAACUAUCACCAUGCUGGAUGAACAAGGAGAACAACUAAAUCGCAUAGAAGAAGGCAUGGACCAGAUAAAUAAGGAUAUGAGAGAAGCAGAGAAGACUCUGACAGAGCUCAACAAAUGUUGUGGGCUCUGUGUCUGUCCUUGUAACAGGACAAAGAACUUCGAGGCUAGCAAGGCAUACAGAACAACCUGGGGAGAUGGAACGGAGAACUCUGCAGAUCAUGUGAUAUCCAUGCAACCAAGAAGUAUAAAUCAUCAGCAGCCUCAGACUUCUGGAGGACCAAGUGGUGGAUAUAUUACAAGAAUAACAAAUGAUGCCAGAGAAGAUGAAAUGGAUGAAAAUCUUGCUCAAGUGGGAAACAUUCUUGGGAAUUUGAAGAACAUGGCUUUGGAUAUGGGCAAUGAGAUUGAUGCCCAGAAUAAACAAAUAGACCGGAUAAAUGUAAAAGCUGAUACAAACAGAGAACGCAUUGAGCAAGCCAACAUCAGAGCCAAGAAACUAAUUGAGAAUUAAAGCCUGCUGUCAUUGUUCAAUGACACUGUCUCUCCAGCUGCAAGCCACCGUAUUCAUGGAUCUGUGAAACUUCUCCUAUUCUGAAAUAAGAGGGGCUGGGAAAAAUGAAGCAGUACCCUUUCUAUAGGGAUUAAUUUUCUUUUAUUUUUUUUAUUGCUUCAUGUAAACAUGGCCUUGACUCCAAGAAAGCAGCCAACAUAACUUCCUCCUACUCAUCUGCCUUCACUUUUUUUUAAACUGCUCAGGGCUAAAAGUGUUAUGGCUUUGAGAAUCUUCUUGCGUGUUUUACUCCCCCAUCCCAGUCUCUUCCCCCACCCCCCAAAAUACAGCCCUUUAUUGAAGUUGAACAAGCAGGGUAACCUGAAUUCACAGUUGUGGAAAGUUGGAGAGGGCACUUUGCACUGUUUGAAAUACCUCAUAAGUUGGUUGUCUUCACUAAAACAGGAACUUGGUGAAUAUUGUCUGACUUCUAUCUCUAGCAGGCUAACUAUAGUUUUACAGUUCAAACCACACAAUUGGUUUGGGGUUGAGUUUGUAGAUUACAGAAUUGAAGAGGCCCACUACUGACUCUUGUGGGUUGAGGGCUUUAAAAACACUUCCUAAACACAUGAACUUUAAUGUAAAGGUAACUGGAGGGGCAUACAGGUUUCCAAUUCUUUAUUGUAAAUUGCCAUUGGUUUGGAGGCCAUGACUAGGAAAUUAUGAUGCAUUGUUCUGUUAGUAUUUGGGGUGUGUAUAUAUACCUGACCUAAACUCCAUGCACAUGUGAGUAGAGGAAAAUAAAACUGUCUCCCUAAAGUACUUAUUUGAUGGAAAAUUUUAUGCCACUCAUCUAAAGGUUAUUUUAAGUGUUUGAAUGAUGCAUCUUAACUGGAAGAAACUGAGUAGGAAAGCAUGCAGCUUUCCUGCAUCCCAUAUCAUACUCUAUUUUGGUCAGUUUUCACUGGAGUUCAGUCUAUGCCUUUUUCUAGCGCAAAAUAAUGACUGAAAUCUUGUGCAGAGUUUCUUCUCAGCAGUGAUUUUGGGGGAGCUUCUUAAACCUACUGGAAACGGAGAAGCUUAUUAUAAAACUUCUUUGUCACAGGUCUAGAGGAAGCAGUACCUAUGUAAGAACUGUAUGCUAGUUCUAAAUGGAUUCUGGACUGGUUUCUUAUUGCAGACUUUGGGACUGGCAAUUGGAAAUAUUACAUGUCCAAGUUGCUUGCAAUUAAGAUGUUCCCCUUCUGUUGCAGAACAGAGGAGUUUCUGACCAGGUGAGGUAAAGCUUUCUUCCUGUGAAGAGGAAAAACAUUUUGGUUUUACUGUUAUAUUAUCAGAUUUAUCCGCAGGAUUUUCUUGACCUUUUUGGUUUUGGCAAGUAAAUUGCAAGUGACCUGUAUAACUUCAACUCUGCCCAGCAAUAUAUUAUGUCUGUUUUCAAGGUGGAAAUGAUGCUUUGGACUAACCCGUGAUACUCAGUGUUAGAUGGCAAAAAUCUUCAAAUUGAUUGGAGGAAUAAUUAAAAAUAAUAGCAUUAUGACGUGGUGGUUUGGAAGGACAGUCCACAAGUAUCAUGUAGCCUUUAAUAAUAAACCCCAGGGCUAGAGAGAUAACACUAAUCUGCUGAAUGUGUGAAGUGUUUUGUUUUUUCAGUAGAAAUACAAUCAGUAUUACAGGUAUAUUCUCAGUUCACCCCCAGGAUAACUUGAUAUUUAAAGAAGGGGGGGAAACACCCCAAAACCCAUGUACACACCCCUACUCUCCACCCCCCCCACCCCAAAAAAACCAAACCUGACCAAAGGAUGGAGUUGCUGCAUGUAAUAAAUAGGCCAGUGGUACACUGUUUUAUGUGAAUAAGGUAAAGUAAUUUUUAGGGGCUGGAUGCUUCAGUAUUGUGUGUUGGCUUCUGUCUGGCUUCCAGUAAUUGUUGGAAAGCUAAUGAAUUUUAAAAGCUCAUUAUCUACCCCAUUAGUAAUGAAAAUUAUGUGCUUAAAAACACAAGUAGCAAAGAAGUGCCUUUAAGAACAUUGCAUAGUAAACUCCAAACAACCACUUGCAUGGGAAGGCAUAAGGGAUUUGUGUGCUUUCUUUCCUCCUUCUUAUAAACUUCAGGUUAACUGAAGGAAUACUUGCUGCUGGUUGUGAAAGCAAAGCAUACAUUAUUUAAUUAUGAUUCUCUCCUGAAACAGAAGCAAUUACCUUAUUCUGCUUACAAUAGGGCAAACCUGCUCCGUAGCAUCCGGACAUUCCAAACACUGGAAUGUUUUUCUUCCUUGCCAUUACAAGUCGAUGGUCUUAACUUCCCUGAGCUGUAACAACAAAUUAGCAUGUUGGCUGAGAGAAUGCUGUGGUUGGUGUAUCAGAACCCUGAUAUUGCAAUGAAUACCACACAAGGAAAUACUUGCUUUCUGAGACUCUGAGCUCAAGUAUUAUUGGGUUAUCAGUACUAUUUUCUGAUGCAGCAAGAGCCAAAUCUGUGAGUAAGUUGGUGCCUUUAUGUUAGCGAACAACACAUUCUGCUUCUUGGAUUGUCUUACUGUUGUCUAUAGAAUAGAUGCUUCACUUCCGUAUCUCUGGGAUUGAAUCAGCACUUGUACAUCUUUGUAUUUCUGAAUGCCAUUAAGAAUGAAGGUUUACAGUUUCUGCUUUUGAUUGUUAAACUAUAUAUUAUGCACAAAAAAUACAUACCUUUAUAACUGAA